UUUUUUUUUGAUAUGUGGGUAACUUCUUUCUUUUCUCUUCUUUCUUUUCUUUAUAUUGACUUUAAAGUUUUAGUAUAUCAAUUAGUUAUUUUUUUUAUAUAUAUAUUUAUUCUAACAACAUGUCAAUGUAACCGAUUCUUUUUUCUUAUUAUAUUUCUCAUAAUAUACUUUUUUUUUUGGAUGUAUUUUUCAUUUUUUAUACAAUUGCAGAAUACUUUAAUAUGAUUGGAUGAUAUGUAAUGAUGAUGAUAGGAUAACAAUGGAUAUUUUCAAUGAUCAUCAUAGGAAACAACGGGAAUGCAUUAAAGCCAUCAUGAUUAUUUCUGAUAUAUCUUGUUCUUUCAUUCAACAAGUAAUGACAGAUAACCCACUUGUAAUGCGAAAAAUCAAGGAUGAAAGCAGGUUUAUCUAGUAUGAGCGAAAUAAUUGACCAUGAAUAGGAGCAAUAACAAGUGUCAAUGCUAGUACGAUAAUAAAGUUUAGCAUUUG